GCCAGCGAUGUAUCCCAAAUGGCCAAUUAUGCAGGUGUGAUAAUUCCAAAUUUUUAUUUGGAUGAAGACGUUCUGUUAUGUUUUGAAGAUGGAUAGUGUGAAUAUAUUUGCACGAUAUUGUAGUCCUGAAAUCGACGUGCUCAUUUUAGUUGUUGAAAUUAGCGGAAAUAAGACAAAUAGUAUUUGCUUUUGUUUAUUGCGAGAAAUUUUGUUGAAUGACGUUUUCCACUCUUUUGCAGAAAACUGCAAAACUUUAGUAAAUAAUGACUUUGUUCCACAUGUUAGUUGUUCAAGUUUGAUAGCUUAGAAUGGAAGAGUUCGGGAAUAGCGAGGAGUUUUCCGGAAAUCUUCUGUCAAAGAUCAUAUCCUGUGAUUCAAGUACGGACGAAACCAGAACAGAUGACAGGAACAUGACAGAAAAAGUUGAUGGAGAGAUUACCCCAUCAGCUGAUUUGGGGUUACCUUCGCCGGUACCUGUUAAAGAAGAGGAUUAUGGUGAAAGAUCACCUGAAACUGACAUCAAGGGAGAAGGAGUCGACACUCGAAAUCCUCUCGGUCCUGAACUCCAACAAGGCUUUAGAAUUUUGAAAGAACUUAUGGCCGAUGGUAACAAAUCUGUGAACUGGCACUUUUUGGAAGCCGUCGACUCUAGCCAUCCUGAAACAGCAGAUUAUUAUGAACGAAUCAAGAGACCAGUCUGGUUGGGAAAAAUAUUAAAUAAGUUUGAAGAUCGGGAAUAUGAAACAAUCACUGAGUUUGUGUCGGACUUCCGUCUGAUGCUGGAGAACUGCUACAGAUACAAUGGGCCCGACCACUAUGUUUCCAAGAGAGGACAGAAGCUGGAGACCAUGAUGGAACAAAAACUGGCUCUUCUUUCUAGAGAGUUACGAGAAAAGACAUCCAUUUCAGCAACUUCAGGUCAAAAUGGUGAUGACAUUUCUUUCUCAGGUUUAAGGAGGCGAACUAGGACAAUAAUUCCUCAUGAUUCCUCUGCCCUGUUGAGUCAGCUGAGACAGGAAGAGCUGCGCCGUGACCGUGAACAGCGUAAACAGCAGAUAACUGAUCGGAAGGCUGUUCAAGAGGCACAGCUCCAGGAAAUCUUGGACUGGGAAACUUCUAUCUUGGAUAGCAAAGGAGACUAUAUGAGGGCCAUGUGGGAGCUGCCCCAAAUUGGUCAAUUUUUGUUCCUGUGUCAGGAUGCUCUUAAUAUCGGAGAAAUUCCCCAGUUUGAGUUGGAGCGGUGCUUCUACAUGCCUCGAGAAAGUGCAGUCAUGCAGAAAGUCAUGACAGCUCUACUUAGUACUCCCUUCCAGAGAAUGAAAAUUGACAAGAAGACCUUGAUGCCAUACAGUAUUUGGGAUGAGAAAUUGAGGCUUAGACUGAGGCAGUGGUACAAAAUAUUUGUAGACAGCCAUGAGGAUGUACAAAAGACUGCAGUUAAACUAGGAAUAGAUGGCCAUUUCUUUGAUAUAGUUGGCAAGAGAAAUCCGUUGGAGCGACGUAAAUUCCAUGACCUUUGUCCCUACCGAAGAGUUUGGAUUGUCAAGUCAUUGUGUGACUACUGCCUGGAGCACCAGGAAUCCAUUAGGGACGCUAUUGAGUCACAGGCCAUCGAGGAGCAGCACGACUACCUACUGGGAGUUGACGCUGAUGGAACACGUUACCUCCACUUCCCCCAGUUCUGUGGGGCUGACCUUAGGAUCUACAAACAGGAACAAAUCCCUGAACCCAAACUCCCUGUUCUAGAAAAAACAAAACCAAAACAAAAGGAAAAAGAACCAGAACGAAUGGCGAUAGAUACCGAAACAAAUAAAGCACAGAGCUCAAAGAAAGCAAAGAAAAAGAGAAAGAAGCUUAAGCCAGAAGUACCUGCUCCUCCUACAAAUAGGCCAAGCCGACUUCGACAGAAAAUCAAAACUGUGUUACCUGUUCGAAAUUAUUCAUCUUCACCCUCAUCUUCUGAUGACGAGGAGGAUGGUUGUGAUGAAAGCGAUGGGUCUGAUGCUAAUACAAGGACUAGUUUUGGAGAUCAGAGUGACUUAAAUCUUAAUGACAGUGGGAUAUGUGAUGGUACGCCCAAAAAACGGAACAGUGAGCCUCCAAACAAACCCCUACAGCGACUGAUGGAGAGUGACAACUGUAGCGACACUUCAUCUGUAGAUGGAGAGGGUGCUUGUAAGCGGUCUCGAACUCGCAGGCUGGUGCGGAAUGGGUUGUUACGAGAGCUCAAUGUUUCAGAACAGUCAUUAGACGAAAGUUCCAUGGAUAGAGAUGAGACUAUGUCAGAGACGAGUAACACUCUAGACAGUUUAGAAGAUAGUAAUGGUGCUUGUAAAAAUAGCGAUAUCAAAACAGAUGGUAAACAUAUACAGGACAGGAAUGAGACAGAAAUGUGUGAAAGUGACACAGAUUCCCAAAUGUUGCAUCCGGUGAGCAUGAAGGGAAAUGACAACAGUGGUUAUGAACCAAUGGAUGUUAAUGAAACAGAAUUCCAGGAUGGUUUUAUAGAGAUGGAUGCCAAGGGAGACCAUCCAAAGGAUAUAGAAACUACAGAUGUAAAACCGUCUCUAUUUUGUGAUACCCUUUCUGCUCAUAAUACAGAGUCGCCAUCUGAUGGCAUUGGUACUAGUCAGUUCCUUAAAGUUCCCCAGAACAGUCUAAUUAUGGCAGAACAGUCCACAAAUAGGGACAACAUUCAGGACAGUUUGGAACAUAAGCUUUCUGAGUGUAACACAUCCUUUGACAUAAAACCUGAAUCAAAUACUCCAACAUCCAAUCCACCUGAAACUGUGGCAAAUGUGAAGCAUGAGGUGGGGGGUGUAAAAACUGGGAAAAACCUCACACAAUCUGAUAGAGACAGUAGUGAAACCUCGAGCUGUGAUAUAUCUGACACUUCUGAUAUUAAAGUGAAAGUAGAAAUGACAGAGAAAGAUCCUGAACAGGGAUUAGGGCAAAUGCAUGACCAUGACUACUCUGGGCAGAGUGGGGUGGGGAAGUUCCUAGACCAUGAUUAUGGCCAGAGCUGUCAUGCUGAUUUAGACAGGGUAAAGGGUGAAGCAAUGGACUGCAAAAGGGAGGAGGAAGAGAUUGAGCAGCUGGAGGAAAUGUUCCCAGAAAUAGGUCCAUUUAAACUGGUCGUGGAAUGUGUGGAAGACUUGAAGCAGCUGGUGGAAUCAUUUGCUGAACAGGAACCAAUUGUUAUUGGUAAAGGAAAGAAACAAAAGGUGAUUAAACCCCCGCCCCGCAAACGUUGUGUGAUAGACCUCCAUGGGCGGCUCUUGUUCCUGCUGAAGGAGCUGGAGCCAUGGGAACAGAAACUCACCCAGGCAACGAGGAAAGCCAGGCUCAAGAUGCACAAGGAACAGACUACUUAUUUCGAGGAACAAGUUGAGGAAAAGUGGGAAUCUGAGCACUCUGACUCAUCCGAGUCUGAGGAUGGCGAGAAUUCUGACUCGGAUGGGAGUGAGAAUGAGGAUAAGGAUGAAGAGAGCGAUGUGGUCAGCCAACAAACGACAACUUCUGCAGCUGCAUUAACAAACAAUAUCUCCACAACUCAGACUGAAAUCAUGGACGACUGUGAUGACAUUGAUGUGAGCUCUAGGGGACGUAUUCGGAAAAGACGUGUCAUUCCAAACAACUCCGAAGAUCCUGGAACGCCCAAGAAACGCAAGCUAGUCAAUGUUUCUUUGCCAACAACUGUACCACAUGUGCCAAACAUCCUGCAGCGUCCUGGGAAGACGCUACCCUCUAUUGGUCCUGUUGACGAUAGUUCCGCUAGUCAGAUCCUGUUGCAGACGAGUUCUGGGAAUCACACCCUACUGACAGGCCUGCCUUCAAAUGUGAAACUUGUAUCAGGGGACAAGAUGUUUCCACCCCAGGCCUUGUCACUACUACAGAGGCCAGCCCAGUUACAGCAGCACUCUCAGAGCAUGUCACAUGCCAGACUGUUGCAGGGCCUGUCACAACAUACUCUCUCCUCCAAGCAGGCAUCCCAUCCCGUCAUACAGCAGCUGCUCUCCACAUCGCGCCAUCCCAGCCCCAGGGGCGGUCUGUCUGUGUCAUCUCAUCCUGGAGCACUAUCAUCUACCCCUCAGAGAACAGUUCUGUUCCAGCCUGGGAACAAACAAACCAACAUCAGACCAGCGAUCACAAAACUGACAACACCAGGUCUUUCUAUGGUCGGUGGUGCUGUAGACCCCCAGCUCCCAAGUAUGGCCUCUGCAGGUGGCAAGAUUCAGUACUAUGCAGCCAACAUUAACACUCUACCUCCGUCUGUCCUACAACAACUCAUUAAGUCCAAUGCCCUCAAGAUCCCACCAGGCCCUAACCAGUCUGGCAUGGUCCUGCUCACCACAGUCAACCCUCAGGGACCCACCUCUUCUAGUCAGAGCCAGACCAUUGCUGGAUUACAGAUCCAGACCGCACAGAACACACCUGUGAGGACAGUAUCAGAACAGACACCUGGUGGGCUGCCCCAGUCUAGUGUUCCAAAGACAAUGAUACGACUCCCAGUUAGUACACAAGUGAGCUCUGCUGCACCAGCAACACCAGGGUCGUCUGUGGUCAAGAAAAGGAUUCCCCAGAUCAACAAUGCUCUCGUCAAUAUACAUAUGAAUGUGCCUUCUACAAACUCAUCCAUCGGGCAACUACACCAUGCAAUCACUGCAUCAACUGGAGGCAUUGUGAUGUCCACUUCUCAAAUUGAGUCCACUUUUGCGUUAAAAGAAGUAUCAAAUGCAAACAUUGAGGGGAGUGUAGGAAGUGUUGGUGUAGUGAGUGGUGUGGCGAUGCCAACAGUUGGUAAACCCCAGGUGACAUCAAACAGUAGUUCUCUGUCCCCCACAAACAUCUCAUCCACUUCUCCUAACAGACAGCCUUACAAGUACGCAAACAAUGUCACUGUGAAAACUUUGCUGGAGGCACGAAAGGAUGCAGAAAAAAUACCAGGAGAAUCUCCAAAGCCCAUUCUUGUUAAAAAGACUAGUGAAAUAACAUCCUCUACACCCACUGUGUUGUUACAUCCCACGUCCACUGGGAUAAAGACUUUAAAGAUCCCAAGUAAGGCUGCAUUGGACUCUGCAGUCCAGGCCGUGGUGACGGAUGUCCCUACUUCUCUCCCCACAGUGAACAUCAAAGUCCCAGCUCCGUCAGCGAUGCCUGCCAUUCAGCCACGCUACAAUGUCACGAAAACCAUACAGAGUAUGAAAAGUCCCAUACCUACAGCACCCAGAUUAGAUCCUAUGGCAUUGUCAGGUCACACCUCAGUAAAUGUUACCUCGCCACCAAGCCAGACCAACCAAUCAUUGCUGACACAACUUCAGGCUGGAAAUAACCAAAUCAGGUUGACAACUCUCAACAAAUCCAGUGAACUAGGAAAUAUGGUUCUUGCAGCUGCACAACAACCACAAGAUCAGAAGAACAUGACUGUGAAGGUGCUGCCACACAGUGUACAGCAAUCACAGCAGGGAGUAAUGCAAGGAUACUUGACCCCUCAAGGGCUGAUCAUACCCCAAGCUGCUCUACAACAGCAAGCCAACACUCAGUUAUUAAACCAGGGGGCACUCAACAACCAAACUAUUACUCAAAGUAUACUCAAAACCCAAACUCUCGCACCAGGGACUGUCAACAAGCAAACCAUCACACCAGGAAUUAUCACUAGCCAAAAUCUCACUUCAGGGGCCCUCAAUCUCCAAACCCUAUCACAAGGUGCAGUAGGUAGCCUGAGCAGCAUGCCUGUCCAGCUGGGAUUCAAGGCAGGAAGUGUGACAUCAUUAGUGUCUGGGAAUCAGCUGAUAAGUGUGUCUCAAAGUAACAGCACAAUAAAGCAGAACAUGAGAAAAACACUGCAAAAUUGUGGGAAGGUGGUUCAGCCUGCAAGUUUUGUACAAAGUAACUAUGGAUCCUCACCUAGCAACUUGAUUCAGAGCAUUGCUGGGACACAGGAGAAGACAUUGUUCGCAGCAGGAGUGCAUAGUCAGGCAGGAAAUCUCAUAACUGGACUUGUUAGGUCUGGAGGAAGCGAUGCUAUUGGGACCAAAUCUGUGAGCUCGAUAAUUAAUACCACCCCUGUGCUAUCAACAAGUGUGAUAUCGUCAGCUAGUGUUAAGCCAUCAGUUUGUAAUGACAAAUCGUCCAGCUCCGUCGUGGACACCCAGAAGGGGCGUCUCCAGGCAGUGGGAGGUGGGGCAUCAACUCUGCUGGACCUAGGGGGAAUUACAAAACUCCAGGCCCAAGGUCAAGGUCUUCUGAUGCCAGGUCUGAUCCAAGGGAUGAACUUUGUCAAUGUUGGAGGCCAGCUCAAACUACAAGAAGGCGGUAACAAUGUGACAAUUCUUGGGAACAAUUCCAUCAACCUUUCUAACAUGGUGUCGUCGACAGUUUCGACUUGUGUGUCUAAUCCUUCCUUAGUAAGCUCCAAUAACACACUCGGACAUAUCUACCCUAUCGUUACACUGGCAGGUUCUACAGGGUCCUCUGGAGGUCAGGCUAGUCAGAUGGUUCCCUCCUCCCCUGGGCCAGUUCCUCAGGCGCCACUCCAGCUGACCUCUCCCCUACUUGGCCAGCUUGCUAGUCCUAUGGGAAAUUUCGCAACAGUUUUAGGGCAGAUAGCCAACCCCCUUAACAAGACUGGUGUCAUAGGUCAAACAACAAUGGCAGGAAAUCUUCAGUUACUUGGACAGCCUGGGGUCAAGGUCGCUGGAAGUUCAGGCCAGAUCCUACGAUUGCCAAAUCAGCAAAUGAACAUUCCAAGUACCUCACCUUCAGUUAUUGGUCAGCAGUUGUGUUUGUCGGGCAGCAGCAGUCAAAUAAUUGGUCAACAAUUGACCAGUCCAAUAGCAAACCAGGCUCCCGUGGUGCUUGGUAACAUUGGACAGGGGUCAUCCUCAGACCUUAUCAAACAACUGGCUGCAGCACAGCUCCAGCUUUCUGGACAGUCAUCGUCCGCUCUAGUCAAUCAGAUUCCUAAUCAUAUGGUAUUACAGGUCCCUGCCUCACCUGGAGUGAAAGGCCAGGCCAUGAUUCGACCCCCUGGUAAGCAAAAUCUCCAGGGUGGCCAGACAAUGUUGCUUUUGUCACCUCAAAAACGCCUACAGGGUACCAGCAUUGGAACAGGCACCCAGCAGCCAAAGCAGCUCACCCUGAGACUCAACUCGCCAGUCCUACAACAAACACAAAUAAAAGUCCCUCUAGUGUCCUCUGCCAAGGUAACACAAGACCAAAAUGCCACGCAACUCUCAAAAGUAAAGCUAAACUUUGAUCUUCAAGCAGCUAACGGGAAACCUGUGCAAGCAAAUGUAUCAAAAACUCAGUUGCAGACACCUGUGAUGGGAUCUGUUGCCCCUGUCAGUACUUCACAGGCCACAGAAAAACCAGUCCUCCCCACCAAUCCUCUCCACCAGAAAUUAGGUGUUGUCAAGACCAACACAACUACCAUUGGGACAGUACAACAGGCAAAUGUUGUUAGGUUUAACACAGCUGCCUCACAAGUUCGCUUGCAGACUCCAUCUCAACAAUCUGUGGUCAUGAGUCUCCCAGAUACCAUCGUCAGUCCCAAUACAGGACCGCUCCUGUCGCCUGCAAAAGCCACCACCUCCCAAGUAGGUGGAUCCCAAAAACUCUUUCUAUACAAUAUUGGUGGUCAGCUGGUCACCCCUCAAGGCGUGCCAGUUACAGUUGACAAUGGUGUACUUAAGGUGCUCCUCCCCCAGGCCAAGACGGUGUCACCACCGCUAUCCCUAGGUCAGAAAGGUCCCAUCAAUCCUCCAGUGACAAUUGUGUCUGGUGCUAAUAUGGUGAGAUAUGUAGUCCCCACUAAACCUGUGUUUGGGUCACAGUCUUCAAGUGCUACUGAAAGUCUAACUGCUAGUGUAGCCAGAUCAAAUGAUGUUGCUAUUGUUACUUCCAGCCCGGGCAGUAUCCUCACCAAUCAAUCUACAAAGGUAAAUCCCUCAGUAGGGAGAGUGCUUCCAAGUGUGUCGGCUAUCACCAUGUCUCCCUCAGUAGGGAGAGUGCUUCCUAGUGUGUCGGCUAUCAACAUGUCUCCCUCAGUUGGUGGUGUAUCCACAAGGAGUACCAAAGGGGUGGUGUCUCCAACAUUUGUGACUGCUAGUGUUGCGUCUCAUCAUUCUAUCACGAAUACUCCACAAUCUGUUAGGACUGCCACAGUGAAUGUAACUUCCAGUGUGUUGUCUCAGCAAUUAGGGAGCACGUCUCGCACUUUAACAGGAAACGAACUGCACCACAUCAUUUCUCCAGCUUUGACAACAGGAAAAACAAUUCCAGCUACAGACAAUGUUGGACUUGUGAACCGCAACCAAAUUACUGCAUCCUCAAAUCUUAAGAUCAGCCAGCUCCUUGGUCAACAACAAAGCAAUGUGCAAGAUAUAACGGUCAGACUUACUGGUCAUUCCUCUGUAGCUAGUACAGCUGGUGUAGCUCCUAACAACAAAAUGGCUGACACCACAAAUCAUAAGACUUUCCAUGUUCAAACCGACAAUAGAACACAGAUAGGGUAUCAGGUCUCCCCUAACAUUAGUAGCCUGAUUGGAUCUGGCCAGGGCUACAUUGUGAUGCCUGGCACUUCCAAAAAGACACAGAUUAUUUUCCCACAGCAAGGUCAGCAGAACUCCCCGUCAAACACAGAUAAUAUGAAAGUGUUGAAGACUCAGAAUAUUGCUGAGUUACUGAAAUCCCCCCAAAUCCCCCAGGCUGCUUUCGUUCAACAAGGAGCAGUUUCUGUGUCUUUGCCAGUUCAGGCAGAAAUUCCAUUACAAAACAACCCUCAAGUGGAGCCUAAGAGUGAGGUUUUAAACAACAAUGUUGCACUUUACAGAUCUCAAAAUGUUGUAGAUUUGGGUACAAAUGUACGUCAAACCAAGGUGGUGACAAUGGACAAUAACCACAAACCAGAUACUGUCACCAACGGUGUAGAGGAUAACCAAAAUCUCUCGAAUCAGGUCCCACCCAAACCAAACCAGGACAACACUUCAACAGAAACAUCUCAAACAACAGAGACCCCUAAAGGGGCAGAGAAAGAAGAGGCGGCUCUCAAUCUGCUCUCGCUAGCUAAUCUCGCUUUUAAUAGAUAAUUAAUAUUGUGUUUAUAGGUUUAUUAUACAUUACACUGGUCUUGUCUCCAUACUCUGAUUUGAUGGUACAUGAACUGAGUUUGUUAUCUAAUACUUCCCACUGAGUGGAGAUCUAUGGUUAUCACUUUGUCAGUGUGUCCGUCCGUCUGUAAAAACCUUGUACAGGAUGUCUCAUAACCCCUCAAUAGAUAUUAGUCAGAUUAACACAGUAGUAGGGUCACAUCUUCACUUGAUUAGAUUUUGGCGGCAAUCAGUCAAAGCUCAAACUUGAAAACAUAAUGGGGGUUAUCUGUGAGUUUCUGCCGACGUUUUAGGUCGCCUGAUACAAAGUUUCAGUUGACAUAUUGGCCGUCAUUGUCCAUUGCACAUGGGCCUCUUGUCUUGAAUUUGAAAUUGUAAGUAUUUCAGAUGAUAUGAACAUGUAACAUCAGAUAAUACAUAUUAGAAGUGAAUAUGUUAGUGUCCAAUAACAAUUACAGGUUUAAAUAUGUUAUUGUGAAACCAAGACUGCAUUUAUAUGGGUGUUCAGUUCAAGUGUAGUUUAUUGACAGGUCUAUCCAAGUAUUUGAUUAUUUUCAUAAAAACUACAAAUUAACAAUUUCCAAUGCA